AUGGUGUUAAACUUGAUAAAUCGUGGCACAGAAGAUAUCUCAGAUUCCGCUGAAAUCAAUAAAGAUCUAAAAAUCAAGUUCGAAGACAGCGAAAUUGACUGGGAAACGCAUCCGGAAGUGGAAUACGGGGACGAUGACAAAAAUCAAUUGCAGUACUACAAGAUAUACCAAUCACGUGUGAAUCGACUUCGAUCGCGUCUGGAAGAAGCAGUGGAGGAAAAGUUCCCAGAUACUUAUUCAAAGAAACUUUAUCAAAUGCGAAUCGACGAAAAAGCCGUCGUUUAUGGGAUAUUCAUCAAGACAAUCGCCAAUCAGCCUCAAGUUUUGGACGAAUACGAUGAAGACAGAGUGCCCUAUGAGGGAGAUAAUUUUCUAUCCGAAAACGACAUAUUGGGCUUUGAAGAUGAGUCGCAACGAAUCGAGUGCUCUGGAAUCACGGCGGAAAAGAUCAAAAGCAUUUUGACAGGAGAAGUCGUCGCGCUCUACGGAAGAGUCAUCGAAACAGGCACUUUUGAGAUCGAAGACUGGGUCAGUCCUGUUCCGGCGCCACCAUCUAGUAAAGCUUGCACAGAAACUGUUGUUGGAAUCGUUGGAGAUAUGAGCAUUGGAAAUCCAAACACAACUAGCUCUCUUGAAUAUGAGUUGAUGAGCAAUUUCUUCACAGGAAUCGCGGGCGAAGAGAAUGAGCAAAAAGCAAAAGCGAAAAUUUCAAGAGUGCAAAUUUCCGGACUCAUGUACCAGGCGGACAAGUAUUUGAGGGACCGAAAGUCGUGGAAGAUGAAAGCUGGAGAUCAGGCGUCGAGAAUGAAACUGGCCGAUAAAUUCAUCUCUUCAAUUGCUAAAAACAUGUCCGUCGACAUUAUCACCGGCGAGGGUGAUGCUGGUUCUCUCCAUGUUCCUACUGCUGCUCUUCAUCCCCUGCUUUUCCCAAACGCUCGCCACGGUGGUCUCAAAUGUUUUCCCUCGCCGAUUCAGUACAAUGUCAACGGAACUUCCAUCCUUCAUAUUUCCAACAAAGUCAUGGACAAGCUGUUCGAAUACGGCAACUUUGGGAACACGAUUGAGGCGAUGAAGAAGCUGCUGACUUGUUCUCAUGCUUGUCCGAUCGCUCCUGAUGUCAUUCCACUCGCGCCUUUUCAAGGUGUCGAUCCGUUUACGAUCAUGACUGCUCCAGAUAUUGUCUGGUGCGUCGGAGACGAUUUUUACCAAGAAGAAUUCAAAUAUGGAAAGAUGACUGUUCUCCUAAUUCAAGUUCCCCGUUUUAAAUUGACGAAACAAGCGAUUUUAGUCAAAACAAAACCAUCGUUGACAGAAAAUCCGACGGUUCAACAAGUUCACUUUGGCAUCAAUUUGUAA